CUAAAACCCCACCUAUAUAAUACUCCGUAUAAUUUGAGGGGAGGGAGUUGGGGGUGAGCAGGGAAAUAAUCUGGGGAAGAGACUCAAUGAUCGUGGAACAGCAACAGGAGAGCUCGGAGGUCAAAUUGGGUUUCACCUACUAGAGAGGGUUGCAGCAGUUUGAAUACGGUUCAUAAUGAUGGCUCCUUCCAGGUAUAUGAUUUUUUUGUUAAUUCCUAUUUUUGUAAGUAUUCUACAAGAUUAUAUAUCUAAUUUACCUAUAUUUUGCAGCAUUUGCUUAGAAUUUGUACUUAUUAUACCAUUGGCGAUCUAUGAUGGUGUAGAACCCGAUUUGUGGUUACUUGAUUCUGAGGAAAUGAUGGAACUUAAAGUGCACGGUAUAUUUGAAAGUAGAAGUUUUCAUAGUUGUCCUUAUCGCAAUUACAAACAAUCCGCCUUGACGACUUUAGAAAGAGAGAAUGUAUCAUUUCCUAAUGUCCCAAUACGAGUUUAGUUAUAUAUAGAUUGAGUCAUAAUACUUGUUUCAAAAAUAUUAGAUCAAAGAGCUUAAAAGAGAAGCUGAAAAUGUUUGGAGACCUUUGAUAAAAAGUUAGGUGAACGUUCAAAUGACAAAAACUCAAAAGAAGAAAAUAAAGAAUCAUUGGUUCAAUUUUAUCAGGCAUGAGAUUGUAGUGCAUUGAAAGAACUUUCCUUAGGCUCUAAAGAGAUAUGUUCAAUUGGGUACACAGUUGUAUGAAAUGUUCCAAUGCGACAGAAUUUUAAGAGAACUUGGUUAGUAUGAUUCUUUCCUUCUUUUCUUUCUUUUCCUUCUAUGUUUGCCUCCAUCAAAUAAAAAUUUAAUAGAUACUGUUUUGAUCUUGUAGAUUUGAAGGCUCGAAGUGUAGAUGGUUGUGUGAACUCAACGGAGUUUCGCUGUCGGAUCAGUGUUCCAGCAAAGGCAGUGAUCUAUUUUUUUGAGCAUUUUUUCCAAAGGACAGGCCUUAAUGGAAUCAUAAAAUACAAGAGAAGCAGCACUAUAGUUUCGGAAGCUUCGGAGUGGUUGAUGCACGAAAUUAUACUUUGUUUAGAGGUAAGGAAGUUACCAGCCAUCCCGGAGUUCAGGAAAGGUGUGGUGCCUAUGAUACUAUCGAAUGAGUUUCAAAGAUUUAGGGGGAUGGUUUUCCUGAAGAGUCGGAGGAUAGUGUUUGUGUAUACUUCGGAGAUGCCUUCAAGGGAUUAAAGUUAUGGAGGAAAAGGAAGAUGGAAGAUGUCUUGACCCUUGAUGAUUAAACAGCACUGGAUGGCAAGAAGAAGUAAAAAAAGGAGGAGGAUGUCAUUGACUUUGAUGAUCAGGCAGCACCGGAUGACAAGAGAGAGAAGGGGAAGAUUGAGGAUGUCUUGAUGAUCAAUCAAACACUGGAUGACAAGAAGGAGAAGAUGGAUAAUGUCUCGGGCCUUGAUUAUCAAGCAGCAUCAUUUUCUUCUCCUUGCCAUCCCGUGCUGCUUGAUCAUCAAGAGCCAAGACAUCCUCAAUCUUCCCCUUCUUUCUCUUGUCAUCUGGUGCCGCCUGAUCAUUAAGGUUAAUGACAUUCUCCAUCCUCCUUUAUUCUUCUUCUUGCCAUCCGGUGCUGCUUGAUCAUCAAUGGUCAAGACAUUCUCCAUCUUCCUUUUCUUUUUAAUAUUCUCCAUAACUUUAAUCCCCUUGAAGGCAUCUCUGAAGUAUUCACACAGACACUCUCCUCUGGCUCCUCGGGAAAACCAUCCCCCCUAAACCCUUAUACUCACUUGAUUCAUAGGCACCACAUCUUUCCCGAGUUCUGGGAUGGCUGGUAAGUUCCUUACCUCUAAACAAAGUAUAAUCUCGUGCAGCAACCACUCCAAAUCUAUAGUGAUGCUUCUCUUGCAUUUUAUGAUUGGACCGAUUCCAUUAAGGCGUGUCCUUUCUUGAAAAAAUGCUCUAAAAUAUGGAUCAAUGCCUUUGCUGGAACACCGAUCCGACAGGGAAACUCCGUUGAGUUCACACAACCCUCUACACUUCGAGCCUUCAAAUCUACAAGAUCAAAACAGUAUCUAUUAAAUUUUUAUUUGUUAAAGGAAAAUAUGGAUGACAAGGAGAAGAAGAAGAUGGAGGUUGUAUCAGCCGUUGAUGAUCAAGCAGCACCGGCUGUCUUAGCCCUUGAUGAUCUAGCAGGCAAGAAGAAAAAAAGAUGGAGGAUAUGUUAGGCCUUGAUGAUCAAGCAGCACCGGCUGUCUUAGCCCUUGAUGAUCAAGCUUGCAAAAAGAAGAAGAAGAUGGAGGAUGUCUCAGGCCUUGAUGAUCAAGCAGCAUCAGAUGGCAAGAAAAAGAAAAAGAAAUUGAAGGACGUUGACCCCCCAACUGUAUAGUGCUUACAACAAAAAGGUGCUAACAAUGUUAGUGGUAGCAGUGAAUGGCUUCAGUCAUGCAGCCAUACGUUAAUCUCAAUUUUUGUUUUUCAUGAUUUGUAAUGUUGUGAAGUCAUGACAAUGAACAAGCCACCAAUUUAAACGAAAUGAAGUUUGAGAAUUGGU